AUGGCCAUCAAAGCCAACGCGCAGCUGGAGACGGCGCUGGCCGGCUCUCCGCCGCCGCCCGCCGCCGCCGCCGCCUCCUCUUCCUCGCAGGAGACGGAGCAGCUGCUGGGGAGCCGCCCGCCGUCCCCCAAGCUCUGCCCGGCGGAGGACAGGGAGGCGGCUGCCGUCGGGGCCGCGGCGGCGGAGCCCAACGGGCACGGGCUGCUCUACCGGGCCGGUUCGGACGGCCCUCUGGAAGCCACCUCGCUCUCCCCGUCGCGGCUCAGCCUGGGGCGCGCCUCGUCCACCGCCACCACCUCCAACCUACCCGAAACCAGGCGCUCCCCGGAUUAUCUUCCCCUGGCUAUCUUCUCUUGCUUUUGCCCCAUCUGGCCGGUCAACAUCCUGGCCUUGGUCUUCUCCAUCAUG